AAUGUACGGAAAAGCGACGCCUCUCUCCCCCCGCCCCUGUGGCUCGACCAUCGUCCUGAUUCAUUAGACCAUCGUCAAUCAUUGCAACCUCCCUCUCUUGGCCUUCGUCAUCCUUACCAAAAAGAAAGAAGAUCCCGCUGCCUCUUCGACAGCGAUCAACCAUGGCAGGUUUCAGCGGUGACGAAACUGCUCCAUUCUUCGGCUUCCUUGGAGCCGCUGCUGCCCUCGUCUUCUCCUGUAUGGGAGCCGCUUACGGAACGGCAAAGAGUGGAGUAGGCGUGGCCUCCAUGGGAGUCAUGAGGCCAGAGCUCGUCAUGAAAUCCAUUGUCCCAGUGGUAAUGGCUGGAGUGCUGGGUAUUUAUGGAUUAAUCAUAGCUGUUAUUAUUAGUACAGGAAUUAACCCGAAAGCAAAAUCUUACUAUCUCUUCGAUGGGUAUGCCCAUUUAUCGUCCGGCCUUGCCUGUGGCCUUGCCGGACUUUCUGCUGGGAUGGCAAUUGGAAUUGUUGGGGAUGCUGGAGUUCGGGCUAACGCCCAGCAGCCAAAGCUAUUCGUGGGAAUGAUUCUUAUCCUGAUAUUUGCGGAAGCUCUUGCUCUCUACGGCCUCAUCGUGGGCAUCAUUCUCUCGUCCCGUGCAGGCCAAUCCCGUGCCGAUUGAAAGCAAGCCGGAGGGGUUAUAGUGGGAUGGUCACCAGUAAAGCUUUAUGAUGUACCAUAAUUGUGCAUUCCCUGUGACUGCAGUUUAUCACUAUUUUUUCAGGAGACAAUCCCCUCUACCGUAGACGCGGAUUCCAAUAGUUUUUUUUUCCGAGUUUUGAUUUUCUUGCGUCUUGUUGUCUCGAUAGGAUUUCGUGUCUCUUAUUUAUUCAGACUAUUCCGUUCUCA